CUCCCAAUCCUUAAUUUCUUCUCCUUGUGCAGCUGCCGGUCUUACAAACAUCAAACACAAUGGAUUCGACGGCUGAAAGCGAUGAGCUCUACCCCAUCGCCGUUCUCAUUGAUGAGUUGAAGCACGAUGAUGUCCUCCUACGUUUAAAUGCGAUCCACCGUCUAUCAACAAUCGCCCUAGCUCUUGGUCCAGAGAGGACGAGGGACGAGCUCAUCCCUUUCCUCGAUGAUUCUGUUGAAGACGAAGACGAAGUCCUGACCGCUUUAAGUGAGGAACUGGGCAAUUUCGUCGAAUACGUUGGUGGUCCAGAAUAUGGGCACGUGCUUCUUUCGCCUCUCGAGAAUUUGGCAGCUAUUGAGGAGCCUUUGGUUCGAGAGAAGGUGAACAACGCUGAAUCCAAAUGAAUGACCAAUAGUUGUUAACAACAAGGAUCUAACUAUAGGCCGUUGAGUCUCUUAACAAAAUCUGCGAUCAACUCUCUCCAAAGCAGGUCGAGGAGGAAUUCAUACCUUUAGUGCUCCGUCUUUCCAAGGCCGAUUGGUUCACGUCCAAAGUCUCGGCUACUGGUCUCUACUGUGCCCCUUAUCGCAAAGCCACAGCUGGCAUGCAGCAGACCCUCCGCCAGAACUUUGGUAGUUUGGUCCGCGACGAGACACCCAUGGUGCGGAGACAGGCCGCCAACAACCUUUCUAAAUUCGUCAAGGAACUUACACCCCAAGUCAUCAUCGACGAAAUCAUUCCUCACUUCCAAUACCUUACCAGUGAUGAUCAGGACAGUGUACGACUGUUGACAGUGGAGAUUCUCAUUUCCAUUGCGCAGGAGAUCCCAAAGGAACAACAAUCAAGUCAUGGUAUUCUGUUGACGUCUCUGCGAAAUCUUUUCGAGGACAAGAGCUGGCGAGUCAGGUACAUGGUGGCAGAUAGAUUCGAGCAGAUUGCAAAAGCUGUGGAUGAUGAGGUCGUAACACGGGACCUUGUGCCAGCAUUUGUCAAACUCUUGAAGGAUACAGAGGCGGAAGUCCGAACUGCCAUUGCUGGACAAAUUCCUGGCUUCUGCAAUUUGAUCGAUCGUGAUACCCUUCUUAAUGAAAUUAUGACCAGUAUAGAAGACCUUGUGUCUGACCAGUCUCAACACGUGCGUGGAGCGCUGGCAACCCAAGUUAGCGGACUUGCUCCGAUUCUUGGAAAAGAGGAGACCAUUUCUCAUCUCCUACCAAUGUUCCUCCAGAUGUUGAAAGAUGAACAUCCAGAAGUCCGCUUGCACAUCAUUUCAAAACUCGACAUCGUCAAUAAAGUCAUCGGAAUUGAUUUGCUUUCACAAUCGCUCUUGCCGGCUAUUGUGCAAUUGGCCGAGGACAAGCAAUGGCGCGUGCGCUUAGCCAUCAUUGAAUACAUACCUCUUCUUGCGAGCCAACUCGGCGUCAAGUUUUUCGACGAACAGCUCAGCGAUCUCUGCAUGGGCUGGUUGGGUGACACGGUGUUCUCCAUUCGAGAGGCUGCGACACAGAACUUGAAGAAACUCACAGAAGUUUUUGGUGUUGACUGGGCGAAUCAAUCUAUUAUUCCCAAGGUGGUGGCCAUGGGCGCACACCCCAAUUACCUUUACCGAAUGACUACAUGCUUUGCAGUUUCGACUCUCGCACCUGUGCUCAACCUUGACAUCAUUGAAAACUCAAUCCUUCCAAUCCUAGAAAGACUAGUUACUGAUGAUAUUCCCAACAUUCGAUUCAACGUUGCAAAGUCCUAUGCUGUCUUGGUUGACACUUUACGUCGGCUCCCUGCAUCAGGUACGCUACAAGAUUUGGAAAAGGCCGGCGAGUCGGGUACCCCGGCACCUCAUGGCCAAGAACUCAUUCAGCAACGCAUAAUACCCCAAUUGGAGAAAUUGCAGCAAGAUGAUGAUGUCGAUGUUCGGUAUUUUGCCACAACCGCCGCGGGUGGACAGGACGAGGCCAUGCAAACUUCACCAUAGACACUCAGCCCAUAUAGCAGCUAUUCUUACAGACUGAAAGCUCAAGUGAUCAGUUAAUCACUUUGUACGCAGAAGGUUCGGACUACUAAUCAAGAGGGACUGUUCAAUCAAUCUUACAACAUAAUCAGCAUUCAUGUCGGAAUAAAAGAGAUGCGGUUUUAUGGUUCUUGAAAUUUUGCACGUGCGCCAACCCUCCAUGUAAAGAGUAUGACUAGGUAUCCCUGUCAAUAAAUGCAUUGACUUUAAUCCAAG